CAGUCGAAGCCGCCGUGUGCGAGUGCGAGCCACGUUCACUAAUCCAAGGUGACCCAAGAUACUUGUGUUGCCAAAAACGCCCAAAGCCACACCCAGGGGAGGAGGGGAGCGAUAACCCUGCGCGCGUGUGCCACAGCCGCGCGCCCCUCGCAACAUGUGUGGCCGUCGCGGUCGCGGCCCCGUCGCUGCGCAUCAACCAAUCACCGCCCGCCUUACUGAGCGUACGACACAGACAUGAUAUAGCCCCGGGGCUCAUCCGCAAGCCUGUGGUCGCCAGCGACACUAGCCUCUUCCUUGCUCCUUCCCUCCCUCCCCAGCAACCGAUCCUCCCCUCCGCCUGCUGCUGCAGCAGCAGCCAUGGCGGCCUCCACGGCGCUCUCCACCUCCGCCAACCCCACCCAGUUUGUCUGCACUGCAUGCAUGCAUACGCCUGCAAUGGCCGCCGGCAGCUCUGCCGCCCCCGCGCCUCUCCCAACAAGCCGGCGAAGGGCCUGGGCCUCGGGACAGGCCGCGACCGCUUCUCCCAGCGCAGCAGCGGCGGCGGCGUCACGUGCCAGGCGGCGAGCAGCAUCCCCGCCGACCGCGUCCCCGACAUGGAGAAGCGCAAGCUGAUGAACCUCCUCCUCCUGGGCGCCAUCUCGCUGCCCACCGCCGGCAUGCUCGUCCCCUACGGCUCCUUCUUCAUCCCCGCCGGGUCCGGCGGCGCCGGCGGCGGCACCUACGCCAAGGACAAGCUGGGCAACGACAUCAAGGUGGAGGAGUGGCUGCAGACGCACGGCCCCAACGACCGCACCCUCGCGCAGGGGCUCAAGGGCGACCCGACCUACCUGGUGGUGGAGCAGGACAAGACGCUGGCCACCUACGGCAUCAACGCCGUCUGCACCCACCUCGGCUGCGUCGUGCCCUGGAACAGCGCCGAGAACAAGUUCAUCUGCCCCUGCCACGGCUCCCAGUACAACAACCAGGGCAAGGUCGUCCGUGGCCCGGCGCCCCUGUCGCUGGCCCUGGUGCACGCCGACGUCGACGACGGCAAGGUGCUCUUCGUCCCGUGGGUGGAGACCGACUUCAGGACCGGCGAGGACCCCUGGUGGAAGGCGUAAGCGGGGGCGCUCCGGCGGCGGCGGCGAUCGCCGUCACCCAGUGAUGAGCUCAUAGCCUUUGCGUUCCUGUGUUGCUGCUUCUCAGAGGGCGUUAUCGCUAUAAAUUCACUUGCUUCUUGCUUGCUGCCUCCAGAUUAUAUGUUGUACACAGCACACUGUAUGAAACAAGAACACUUGCUUCUCAUCUGAUCUGCAUAUACAUAACCUUUCUCGAGACUCUGAAA